UGGCACAGUCCCUGUGUUGUGUUGGAUCAUGACAAGGCCUGAAAAUCAUUUGAAAAAGCUCCAGCAUGUUGGUGCCACCUGGGCUAAACACUGUAACCAGGUUCUGUACAUGAGCUCGCAGAGCUCCGACUUCCCCACCGUGGGGCUCAACGUCAGCGAGGGCCGACCGCAGCUGUAUUGGAAGACCAUCCGGGCCUUUCAGUACAUCCAUGCCCACCACCUCCAGCACGCCGACUGGUUCCUCAAAGCCGACGACGACAUGUUUGUGGUGGUGGAAAACCUGAGACACCUACUUUACCGGCAUGACACAGAGAAGCCUGUUUAUUUCGGCCACAGGUUCCGGCUGUUCGUUCGUCAGGGUUACAUGAGCGGAGGAGCCGGAUACGUUCUGAGCCCAGAGGCUCUCAGGAGAUUAGUGCAAGGUUUCAGUACGGGACGCUACGAGAAUUUCAGCUCCGUGGAGGACAUGGCCUUGGGCAGGUGCAUGGAGACCAUGGGAGUGAAGGCUGGGGAUUCAAGAGAUCCAAAGCAACGGGAAACAUUGAAUCCUUUUAGACCAGAAAAUCACCUCAUUGCCCCAGAGAAUGGAAAACAGCUACUACAGACCCAGACGGGUGAGUGCCAGGCCCCGACUGUACUUUACCGGCAUGACACAGAGAAGCCUGUUUAUUUCGGCCACAGGUUCCGGCUGUUCGUUCGUCAGGGUUACAUGAGCGGAGGAGCCGGAUACGUUCUGAGCCCAGAGGCUCUCAGGAGAUUAGUGCAAGGUUUCAGUACGGGACGCUACGAGAAUUUCAGCUCCGUGGAGGACAUGGCCUUGGGCAGUUUAGACCAGAAAAUCACCUCAUUGCCCCAGAGAAUGGAAAACAGCUACUACAGACCCAGACGGGGCCCCGACUGUUGUGCAGAUUUUGUGAUCUCGUUUCAUUACAUGCGACCUGCAGACAUGUCCAUGCUGGAGUAUUUUACACAUCACCUGCGACCAUUCGGAUACAAGUACAGAUUCAACACUAAUCAUGAACAAAACAGCACCAGUGAACUUAAACAUAGUUAAAACCACAAUACAAAUACAAGAAACACACACACACACACACACACGCACAAACCAAAACACAAAGAUGUUUAAUGUGACCAAAAACUAGUUUACAUGAGAAUAUUUGAUGAAAAAAGAUAACAGACUAUGAAUAUUUGUUCAUUUGCCACAUCAAGAAAUGUCUGAAUGUCAUUGCAUUUUCUC